CUUGCUUUUCCGUCCUCUUGUGAACAAAACAGCAGUUUUUGUUUGUUGUUAAUUUUUUUACAAUUGACUUCGAGUAACCACUUGGUUAAAAUGUAUUUCAGUGUUACAAGGCAUGUGCCUAAAAUACAUGAUGUUUCUGUAUUUGUGCUUCUCUCAUAAAGUAUAUGUGCCAGAAAUUAAACUCUUUUAUUAUGUUAUUUGUCUGCUAUAGGUUACAAUUAGCCACCAAUCCCGUAACGUAUAUUGACUAAAGUGAAGCGUACACCUAUCAGUAUGUGGAAGAGCAAAUUACCAUGGGGUGUUCUAUUUUUGCAAAAAUGCACUCCUAUGCGAGUUUCGCAACGGAAAGGACUUUUCACAUGGAUGACUUAUAUUUUGACCUAUUGCAUUUAUGCUACUUAUCACAUGACAAGAAAGGCUUGGUCUGUUUCAAAAUUAGCUUUGCACCGGAAUUGUUCAGGAUUAAUUCCACCUCCAGGAGUUGAUCCGUCUGAUGAUAAGUGGUGCCAAUGGGCACCUUUUGAUACAGCAGAUGGAGAUCAAAAAUUGGGGUACAUAGAUACAUCUUUCUUAGGCUCCUACACAAUAGGAAUGUUUGUCAGUGGUGCUAUAGCAGAGCGUAUGAAUUUGCGCAUCUUUAUCACCAUAGGCAUGGCAGGGACAGUACUAUUUUGCAUUGGCAUGGGUGAGGCAUACGUAUAUGCUAUACAUAAUAUGGAGUAUUUUAUCUUCGUGAUGAUGAUUUUUGGAGCUUUUCAAACUAGUGGUUGGCCUGCAUGCGUUACCAUUAUGAGCCACUGGAUGAAUAAAAAUCGACUAGGUCUUGGAUAUGGUACUUGGAAUACACAUACAUCUGUGGGAAAUAUCCUGGGUGGUAUCAUUCCAGGAAAUUAUGUAGAGUCAGACUGGUCCAAGUGCUUCAUAGUUCCUGCUUAUAUAAUGAGUUUUGUAUCAGUGAUAGCUUAUCUGUUCUUAAUACCAAAUCCUGCAGACUUAGAAGAUGCAGAUCUGAUAGAAAAGAUCUGGAUCUUUAGAAAUUCCAAUGAAUUUUCGAGUGAACUUGUGUUGAACAAUGACGUCGAAGUUGUACAGGACUGUGGAAGUAAUGAGGCUAGGAUUUAUGAUUCCCAGACAAUCGAAAAUGAUGCUAUUAUUUCCAUCAAUGAUACACUUGAAAACCCUAGAAAUUCUAACCAUGAUGAAGCUAUAAACUUUUGGAAAGCAGUAUGCCUUCCUGGUGUGUUAGAAUAUUCGUUGGCACUUCUCUUUGCCAAAGCUGUGAGCUAUGUUUUCCUCUUUUGGUUAACAAGUUACCUCGCAAACAAUACAAAGUUUUCCGCUGCAGACUCCUCAUACCUGUCAACUGCUUUUGAUAUUGGUGGGGCCAUUGGGUCACCCCUAAUUGGAUACUUAAGCGAUGUCUGCGGCAAAGCCAGUGCAUGCCUUUGUGUCUUUAUGCUCGCAUUAGCUUGUCCUUUACUUUUCCUCUAUAACUUAUAUUGUCCAGAAGAUUUUUACGCAAACGCAGCUUUUUUGAACGUUCUCGGCAUACUGGCAAAUUCUCCGUACUCUCUUAUCACUACUUCAGUCUGUGCAGUCCUUGGUUCUCAACCAAUCUUAGGAUCAAAUACUAAAGCCAUGGCAACCGUCACAGCAAUCAUUGAUGGGACUGGCAGCGUUGGAGCAACUAUAGGUCCAUUUGCUGCAAGCUGGGUAUCCAGUUACGGUUGGAAUAAAGUAUUCUACCUAUUAAUUGUAGCAGAAGCAGCUGCAAUAUUGUCGCUCUCAAGACAAGUUGUAAAAGAAAUCAAGGAUUUCAGGAUAUUCUCAUCUGGAAGGCCACAAAAUCUUGAAGAAGGGCUGAAUGGUUCUUCGCAAAGUGCUGAACGAAUUGGCGAGCAAUAGGCGACUGACUGAUCACGGAUGCAAAAUAAUAAUUAAGUCUUUAUUUGCAUUAACGUCCCAACCAUGACAAAAUAUUGUCCAAUAACGCCAAAUAUAAUUGAGCGAACUGGGCAGACUUCUUUACCCAAGUAAAACAGUAUCAAUUUAAAAUUUAUUUUUCCACCAAUUUAACUUAAAAUUAUUUUUAAAUUCUCUUUACAUUUCAUUAACAUUU